AUACAUACAUUCAGACUUAUAUUCACAUAAACAAUAAAUUGGAUCCAAAUAUAUUUUUCAAGUCUGUUUCAUUGGCUAUAACAUUUGACUACAAGUUUAUACUAUUAUUAUUUAAGGACAAACCCUUUUUUGUCACUCAGUGUAAGUAUUCAGUUACAGUUGUCAUCUAGAGGCUGCCCUGAGAACCCAGACUUCCUGUUUCCUGACUGCUGCAGAACGUCCAGCUGAAGAAUCCCCAUAGCCUGUCAUCUGAUCACCACACCAUCACAGCUCCUUAUAUUUGCUUUAAAUUUUGUGUAAAUCUUUCAGAUAUUUAAAGUCUACUUAAAAGCUAAGAGUUUAAUUAUAGCCUGUUGAUUGUUGAGAUUUAUUCUGCAUAUUACUUUACAGAAGUAUAGACCAAUUUGUUAUCCAGUCUGGUUAAAAAAAAUAGAAGUAAUAAUAUACAGUUUUUGAAAAAGGUACAAUAAAACAGACCAAAGUGUUUUCAAAGAACUUUAAAUAAGUUAAACUAAAUAUUGAGUUUGUAUUUAAGUGAGCCUUUUACAUCAAUUCUGAUAAAGCUCUGAUUUAAGAGAAAGUUGAGGAAUCAGUUUUUCAGUGUUUACAGGUUGAGUUUUGUUUACAUUUGUGUAUAAAUACAUAUAAGGUCCAGUUUGUACUUGCACAAAAUGCCAAGAAAAAGUCAAAGGUCACAGUCCCAGAAGCUUAGAUGGCAAAAGCAGAAAGAACAGGUAAAUGUUUCUCAGAGCGGUGAGGAGGUAAAGGUGUCUGUUACAAGUAUUCCCAGUCCAGAAGUGCAGAGCAGCGUUCAGACAGCCGCAGUGUCUUAUGCAGAUGUGGUAAAGAGAGGUGUUCCCUCAGCAUGUGUGCCAGAUGCUAAAGUACAGCAGGUAAUCCAGACUGAACCCCAGGUAACUGUGCAAACGCAGCAUGAUGGAGAAGCUCCAGGACCGUCUCAUGUACAGGUUACAAACAGUGAAAGUCGUCCACGAGUGAGUAGCAUCUGUGCGUCCCGAAGCCAGGCCGCUGCUAAGUAUGGAAAGUACAGGAAUCAGCAAUGCAUGGCGAACAGUUUGGUUUUCCUGUCAUUCUUACACGAGGAUGAAUUCAUUACCAGAGCAGAUCUAAACUGUGUGUUGGACAAAGGCCAUGCCGUGUAUUCAGAUGCCAGAAAGAGGUUUGUGAACAGCGUGUUUCUCGCCUGUGAUGAGCUUCCCACAGUGGUCACCAGCCGCAGACACGAGUAUCAAGUGGACAUGUCUCAGUUUGCUCAUUAUGGCACAUUUGAUGGUACAAAUCAUCUUCCGAGCCUUGAACAGGGACUACAGUGUUUGGCUUCAGCGGUUCGCUAUGCUUUGCUAGUCAUGGGAGGAACCGUCAUUGCAGUUUGCAGGCUGACUUCAGGACUUGGAUGAGAAAAAGAUUUACGCCAAUCCCGAGGUAACUGCAGCG